UCCAAACGUCAUAUUUCCCUCAGGACCAUACGGGCCAAACUAUUGCACAAGAGUUAAAGGAUGCUCUGAACUCCUGGGGCCUUUCAGAGGAGCGCCUUUCCUGUAUGACGACCGACAGUGGCUCCAAUGUAAUCAGGGCUAUGAAGGACAAUAAUUGGCCAAACCUCAAGUGCUUUGGACAUCGACUGCACAAUGCUGUCGUGAAUGGUGUGAAAGAUGAACGGAUUGACCGUGCCAUUGGAGUGUGUAAAAAGGCAGUUUCUGCUUUUUCAUACAGUUGGAAAAAAAGACGGGACAUGGCAGAGGUUCAGGCAGAGCUGGGUCUUCCUCCUCAUCAACUGGUAACCGAGUCACUGACAAGAUGGGGUUCGCGCCAAAAAAUGAUUGAUCGUCUUCUCGAACAAGAGAGAGCCAUCGUCCGUGUUCUGGGUGCUGAUAAAAAGACCCGCCAUCUUGUUCCUACAUGGCAAGAUCUGGAGGUUUUAGAUGCCACAAAUAAAGCGAUCAAACCCCUUCAGGACUUUACUGACGCGUUGUCCGGAGAAUCUUAUGUAAGCGUUUCAUACAUUAAACCUGUGCUGCAUCUGUUCAAAACAAGUCUCCUUCAGCGAGAAGAGAAAGAUGUAGAUCUCACCGCUACAAUAAAAAGAAACAUUAUGUGCUACCUUGAACAGAAAUACAGUGACCCUGAGAAUGACGAGCUCCUGGACAUGGCUUCUCUAAUGGAUCCACGGUUCCGUACCACCUACAUUACCCUGGACAAGUUGGACAUUGUUAAGAAAAGAGCGGUCACUGAGCUUUCUGCCCUCUGCUCAGAGGAAGAAGGUCCUACUGUACAAAUAUGUCAAGAAGAGAGCCCACCUAAGAAGAAAACUUUAGCUGCCUUCUUCAAGAAAGCAGCACCUGCUGCAUCACUGUCCCACCAGUCAACAAAGGAGAAAAUUGAAGCAGAGCUCACCUCCUACUUACUGGGUCCUGAGGUGGAUCCUGACACUAACCCACUUGAGUGGUGGAAGCAGCAUCAGCCCAACUUCACAAGACUCAGUCAUCUGGCAAAAAAAUACCUGGCCAUUCCAGCAACUAGCGCCCCAUCGGAGAGGGUCUUUAGUGUGGGUGGGGGUAUUGUCACCUGUAACCGAGCUUGCCUCAAGCCUGCUGUAGUUGAUAGGCUAAUUUUCCUCGCAAAGAAUGUUUAA